AUGGGGGGCGUGGUGGGCGGCACGGAGCUUGGCGAGGACACCUGGCGCGACUGGGCGCAGCCCAGAGGAGCAGGUUAUGGGGACGCGGUGGGGCAUGUGUCGGUCCGCAGGGAAGAACUCGGUGGACCACUUAGUGCAGCCCGGGCAGCGUGCGUGGCGUGGCAGGUGAGUGUGCCGGAGCUGCAGGACCAUCUCCAGUGUCCCAUCUGCUUGGAGGUCUUCAAGGAGCCCCUGGUGCUGCAGUGCGGCCAUUCCUACUGCCAGGGCUGCCUGCUGUCCCUCUCCCAGCACCUGGCCUCGGAGCUGCGCUGCCCCGUGUGCCGCCAGGCGGUAGAUGGCAGCAGCUCCCCCCUCAACGUCUCCCUGGCUCGGGUCAUCGAAGCCCUGCGGCUCCCAGGGAACCCGGAGCCCACCGUCUGCCCCCACCACCGAAACCCACUCAGCCUCUUCUGUGAGAAGGACCAGGAGCUCAUCUGUGGCCUCUGUGGCCUGUUGGGCUCCCACCAGCACCACCGGGUCACGCCCGUCUCCACUGUCUACAGCCGCAUGAAGGAGGAGCUUGCCACCCUCCUCUCUGACCUGAAGCAAGAGCAGAAGAAGGUGGAUGAACACACUGCCAAACUGGUGAACAACAGGACCCGCAUCCUUAAUGAGUCGGAUGUCUUCAGCUGGGUGAUCCGCAGCGAGUUCCAGGAGCUGCACCACCUGGUGGACGAGGAGAAGGCCCGCUGCCUGGAGGGGGUAGAGGGCCACACACGAGGCCUGGUGGCCUCCCUCGACAUGCAGCUGGAGCAGGUCCGGGGUGCGCGUGAGCGGCUGGCCCAGGCGGAGCGUGUGCUGGAGCAGCUGGGCAGCGAGAGCCACCAUGAGUUCAUCCGGAAGUACCACUCCAUGGCCUCCAGAGCAGAGCUCCAGCAGGCCCGGCCCCUGGAGGGCUCCUUCAGCCCCAUCUCCUUCAAGCCAGGCCUCCACCAGGCCGACAUCAAACUGACUGUGUGGAAAAGGCUCUUCCGGAAAGUUCUACCAGCCCCGGAGCCCCUCAAGCUGGACCCUGCCACCGCCCACCCGCUCCUGGAGCUCUCCAAGGGUAACACCGUGGUGCAGUGUGGGCUCCUGGCCCAGCGGCGCGCCAGCCAGCCUGAGCGCUUCGACUACAGCACCUGUGUCCUGGCUAGCCGGGGCUUCUCCUGUGGCCGCCACUACUGGGAGGUGGUGGUGGGAGGGAAGAGCGACUGGCGUCUGGGGGUCAUCAAGGGCACAGCCAGCCGCAAGGGCAAGCUGAUCAAGUCCCCCGAGCACGGUGUGUGGCUGAUAGGCCUGAAGGAGGGCCGGCUGUACGAGGCCUUUGGCUGCCCGCGCGUGCCCCUGCCCGUGGCCGGCCAGCCCCACCGCGUCGGGGUCUACUUGCACUACGAGCAGGGGGAGCUCACCUUCUUCGACGCCGACCGCCCGGAGGACCUGCGGCCGCUCUACACCUUCCAGGCCGACUUCCAGGGCAAGCUCUAUCCCAUCCUGGACCUGCGCUGGCACGAGCGGGGCAGCAACUCCCUCCCCUUGGUGCUGCCCCCACCCAGUGGGCCUGGCCACCUCGCCCCGCAGCGGCCCCCCAAGACGCAGGGCCGCCCUGCUGCUCCCUGCCCACAGGCCCAUCUCGCUGGGCCCUGAGACUGGGUUCCCGCGGUGACCCCCUCGCUUCCUGGAAGAUCUUCACGCCUGCAUG